AUGGAUUUUAAACCCAUAAAUGACUUACCAGAAUCAACAUAUUCACAAUAUGCUUGUUUUGAUGUAUUGCGUUUAGCUACAGUACGUGGAGCUGAAUUAGCAUCUUUUGAAUCUAGUGUCAAUGUUUUAACUAGCACUGCACUUACUGGACUUCAACGAUUGCCUGUUCGUUUACGAAGACGCGCUGCAAGUCAUCGUAUCAAUAGAUUACCUCGUCGUUUUCAUAAACAUCAUCAUCUUGCAAACCCUAAUGAGAAUGGUUCUAAGUCUGGGACAUUUCGAAUUAAAAAUAAAUUGAAAUCCCGCCGAUAUCGUCGGCGUACAUUACGUCUUUUAGCUUUACAUGCACGUUUUAUUACAACAAAUAAACAUAAUAACCAUUUAAAAAAGAAAAAAUCAUUCUGGUUACCAACACAUAUAUGGCAUGCUAAACGAUUUCAUAUGAUUACAAAAUGGGGUUGGCGUUUACCUUAUGCACCAACGAAUAAAAUAUUCAAAGCAUGUUAUAAAGCAUCUCAUAAUGGUUGUUUAUUGUUUGACGUCAGUUAUCUUAAUUGUUUCCAAAUAUAUGGACCUGAGAAUAUGUUAAUGAAAUGUUUAAAUGAUGUAUUUCAAUUAGAUUAUCAAGUUGAUUCUUGGCUUCCUGAAUUGUCCAACAUGAAAACUCCUUUAUGGUCAUGUGAACAAACUGGAAUUUUAUACGCAACUAAUAAAUAUGUUAAAGAUAUUUCUCGUCCAGUACUUGGACCUGUUCGAAUUCUAUGGGGUUCAUUAAAUUCACUAAACGAAAGCUUUCGUCAUAUUUGGUUAUGGCUUCAUCCAGCAAUGUCUGCAUCAGCUUGGGAAUUACUACAAACUUCUAUUAAAGAAGUCAAUUCUUUAAAUGAUACACAAUGUGCACUUGAACUAGAUGAUGUAACGGGUUACUUUUGUCGCCUUCGUUUAAUCGGUCGACAAUCACAUGGAUUAAUCAGUGAUAUUAUUCAAUUGAAGAAUGGGAGUACACUUGACGAAAAUUGGACAUCUUGGAAUAAUGUUUCUACAAAUAUACGUGAAGCUGUCUGUGUCCCUUCGGGACUUGUUAUUAGUCUACAGGAUUGUGAAAAUUUCCGUUCUAAUAGGCCACAUUUGAAAAUUCGUAAUCGAAAUUGGUCUCUCAUGCCAAUCAAAUUAAGUGACAAUGAUCCACAAAAUCAGGACCAAUUACGUAUGAAUGAAUCGUUAAAUAACAAAUCUGGUUUCGUACUACCUUCUGGUAAACAACUAUCUUGGUUAGAUAUUAAUAAAUUCUAUCCAAAUCACACUAAUUCACCUGACCAAUUACUCUCAACAAAAAUUAAUCUGGAAACUAAAGAAAACAGUAUAGAUGUUGUUUUGAUCCAGAAUAGUACACCGUCAUUGAUUCGUUCGUCACCUGAAACCGUUGGUUGGGACAUAAUAUUACGACGAAAUUUUCCACAGUCAGAUAACGAUUUAUUACUUCGUGGUUCUUUAACAGCGCGUGAUUUUCUUAUAGCUUGUGUUUAUCGAGGAGCUGAAGUUGGAGGUCUACGAGAUUUAUAUUAUUGGGCGGGACUUGGAACAUGCGCAGGUGGACGUUUUGAUUCAUUUCCGGAAACUUUAUGGCCUGAUACCUUAGCUGGUCGGAAAUCUGCAGAAAUUGUCACUAAAGAGAAGUUAAAUAAAUUGAUUCGCCUUCCAAGUAAUUUACGCCCUGAUUUUACUAAAUUCGGUAUUACUUGUCCAUUUCUUUAUCCUUGGUCUGAACUGAUUACACAAAAUUCUAUAAGUGUUGGAAAAACAACGGAUUCAAUUGUUUCAUCAACAGUUUCUAGUAAUGAUAAUGUAAUUACGUCUAGUUCAGUUGAUAAUAAACAAUGGUUUGUUCUUCGUGAACCAGGAUUACUUCGUUUAGUUGUACAUAGAAUGAUCAUUGGAGAAAAUCGUGCUAAAUUAUCAUUACAACAAUUGUAUAAUUAUAAUUCAUUACUUUUAAAUGCAAUUAUUCUAGUUUAUAUGAAAACUGAACACCGAGGCGUACCACAGGCAUAUGCGCGUAUUUACGCAUUCUAUCCUAAUGAAUCUAAUAGAAAAAAUUCAAAAGAGGAUAACAGUAAUCCUGUGACUAAUUCAGCAGAUGAUAAGGAAUCUCCUCAGAAUUUUCGUCUUCUAAUUGGUUAUGUUCAAGAUGGUGGUUAUGGUCAGUCACUAGGUCGUGGAAUUGGAUUGGGUUUCAUCAGUUUAAGUGCUUUAUCAAAUGCUUUAAAUUUGAUUAACACUACCAAAAGAAUAAAAUAUUGCAUUCAAAAUCCUACGUCACAUCAAUCCUAUAAUGUCAGACUUUCUGUAGUGAUUUAA